AGCUCUAGCGGCGUCUCUUGGUGUCGCCGGGGGUGCUGUGGAGAUGCCCCCGGCGGGCCCCAGCACCGGGAAGGGGGCGCGGCAUGACUCCUGAGUCGCGCAGAGACUGGUGGAAAAUCCCCACCGUGGGUCUAGGCACCUGGAAAGUGGCCUAUCCAGGGGAAGUGACUGAGGCAGUGAAGGCGGCCAUCGACUCAGGGUACCGGCUCUUCGACUGUGCUUACUUAUACCAUAACGAGAGUGAAGUUGGCGCAGGGAUCCAUUGCAAGAUCAAGGACGGUGCCAUUAAUAGGGAGGAUCUGUUCGUUGCCAGUAAGCUGUGGUGUACCUAUCACAAGAAGUCCUUGGUGAAGACAGCGUGCAGCAGGAGUCUGAAGGCCUUAAAGUUGGAUUAUUUGGAUCUCUACGUCAUACACUGGCCCAUGGGUUUCAAGCCUGGAGAGAGAGACUUACCUCUGGACCGCACCAGCAUGGUCAUCCCUAGCGACUCUGACUUCCUGGACACCUGGGAGGCCAUGGAGGAUCUGGUCAUCGCAGGGCUGGUGAAGUACAUUGGGGUGUCAAAUUUCAACCAUGAACAGCUACAGAGAAUUUUGGAUAAGCCUGGGUUGAGGUUCAAGCCAAUAACCAACCAGAUCGAAUGCCACCCGUAUCUGAAUCAGAAGGACCUGAUUGGAUUUUGCCAGUCCAGAAAUGUGUCCGUAACAGUUUACCGGCCUCUUGGUAGCUCCUGUGAGGGGCUUGACGUGAUGGACAACCCAGUAAUUCAGCAGAUCGCAAGGAAGCACAACAAGUCUGCAGCUCAGAUUAUGAUCCGAUUUCAGAUCCAGAGGCAUAUGAUAGUCAUUGUCAAAUCUGUCACCCCAAAAUGGAUUAGAGAGAAUAUCCAGGUGUUCAAUUUUGAAUUAACAGAAGAAGAUAUGGAGGACAUGCUCAAGCUGAACAGAAAUCUCCGGCUGGCCACGUUCCCCACGUUAGCUGAACCUUCUUGUCAUGGUCUUUUCUGUUUGAAGAUGGGCCACUGAGUGAACUCAAGACUAACUUCACAAAUACUGAGGUCACGUCCUCCCUUUCCCUUGUUCCUACUUGGCCCAGAUGGAUGGACACUGGCGACGUCAACCACGAUGUGGGGACAGGCCCCACACAGGAAGUAAAAGAACAUUAUCACAUGCUGGAAAAUCUAAAGCAGCACUACCUGGGGUGACGUCUGAAAGGGAUUGGCUGGGCUGAGGUUGCUGCUAUAGAAGUCAAGGGAUGGUUGACCCAGGGCCAUACUGUAGGGGCAAAACCAGGAUUGGGACUCAUCCUUGGCUCUGUGCCCUGCGCUUCCUGGACAUCACACACCCCUGCAGCAGUCGGAGGCUGAGACAGCCAGUGCGGUGUGACGUGCAGAGUGUGCAAGGAGACAGCUCUGCCCACACCUCACAAGUGCCCAGGUGUCAUGCCGAAGGAUGUGCCUCUGUCAGCCCCGCUGCCUGCACCUUGC